GCAUCGCUCACUCGUGCUUGGAGAACACGUCAUCGGGAAGGAUUUUCACCUGUGUUGAAUUCCUGUCGAGAUGCAGCUUUAGUCCUCUAUUCCAUUGCUAGCAAAGACAUAAAUGUAAUUGGAUCAAAAAGGGAAAUUGGUCAUAUAAAAAAAAAUAAAUGUUUGUGAUUAUAUAGAUUAAAGUGUCGAGCGUCAGAGUUGCAUGAACUUUGUUAUAUCGAGUUCAAGGCCGAUAAACGUUUCCUUGGGGGAAGGGGGAGGGCUUUUUUAACAUAGUUCCUCCGCCUAAGGAGAAAAAAAAACACUGAUAAAGAAGGAAUAUUGCCGAGGGGGAGAGGUCACGGAAGGAGACAGUUGCCAAGACUCACAAGAUUGGCCGUCAGUUCGUACUUGUAACUGCCGGUGGAAGGUUGUUAUUACCAUCGCUUCCCGGAGUAUACUUUACAGGAGAUUUAGAGGAAAGGAAAAGAGGAAUACCAAACUAGGAAGUAUUAAAGCACACAAUUCAUGAACAUGCAAACUAUGGAGAGAUACGAGACUCACGUGUAAUGCUUUUUUGAAACCAGUAGAAAAAUCAUUAAAAUAAGGUGAUCGUGAGAAAGCCGAAGUACAUCACGUGGCGAAAAAAAAUUAAAUAUAAUUUUUAUUUCCAAACCGCGGGAAAUAUCUUACUUUUUUUCAAACCGUGUACACUAUUAUAUCAUACAUUAUACUGCCUCCGACCACCACGCCAAUGGCCCAUAAACUAACCCGCUCGCUGCCGCUGCUGACUCUGCUCGGCGUCGCCCUCAUCUACUACUGGUCGUCGCCUCCUUCAGAUAACGUCAGCGUCCGCCUCCUCCAGGACGGGCAGCUCCUCGACCUCGACCUCUCCGACACCCAGAUGCACGACAUCCUGAAGAAGACGGAGAGCCUUCAACACAUCACAGACCUGACCUCCUCCUCGCGACGUCCCCAACUCCAGAACGAGACCCGGAAUGGCCUGGAGGAUUUCGUGGUGAUCAAUAAUAAGGUGUAUGCCAGGGGCGACCCGCUCCCGAAGAAGAAGCUCAAGAUCCCCGUUCUGAAGCCGACGACGGGGAGGUCGCUCAGGAGGAUGGACUUCGCCAGGUUCAAGGGAGAGGAGAGGAAGUUCAUGGAAGGGCGUCGCAAAGAAUUCCUGGACAGGGCAUCGCGUCUCAGCUCCAUGUGCAAAGCCAGAUCCAAGCUCAUUGCGUCCAAGCCUGUGACUCUGAUAUGGGACCUUAAGCAUCAGCCUGGCGUGGUCUGGUGCCCGAGCCAUCAGACCACCACGUCAUCUACCCUUCUGAAGUCCCUGCGGCCUCCCCGCGCGAACGAGGAUCAAGCAAGAACUUCAGAGGCUGACCUUCCCUUGCCCGACAGAAGAAGACAAAACGACUCAGUGUUUUCAACGCCUACCCUCCUCCAGACGACCAAGACGACCUGA